UUAAUGUGUUAAGAACCAUUGACAUUUGAAGAUCAUCAGAACUGAAGAUAAAACAACUCAAAAAUUAUAAUUGCCUCCACUUCUCAUUCAGAGAAUUCAGUGCAUACCAAGUCAGCUUCGGUUGUAUCAUCAGAUUCCAUUUCAACUUCUGCAGACAACUUUUCUCCUGAUCUGAGGGUACUCUUUGGAAUGCAAUUGCUACACACAGUCCACACUUACUGGAAGUGAGGAUGGAACAUCUACCUACCUUAUUUGAAAUUCUUUUGUACUUGAGGUCCUGAGGGAGUCUAAGAAAUUAGCAGAAAUGGAAGAACCACCCUUGCUUCCAGGAGAAAAUAUUAAAGACAUGGCCAAAGAUGUAACUUACAUAUGUCCAUUCACUGGUGCUGUACGAGGAACUCUGACUGUCACAAACUACAGGUUAUACUUCAAGAGUAUGGAACGGGACCCCCCAUUUGUUUUAGAUGCAUCUCUUGGCGUGAUAAGUAGAGUAGAAAAAAUCGGUGGCGCUUCCAGUCGAGGUGAAAAUUCGUAUGGACUAGAAACUGUAUGCAAGGACAUUAGGAAUUUACGAUUUGCUCAUAAACCUGAGGGGCGGACAAGAAGAUCCAUAUUUGAGAAUCUAAUGAAAUAUGCGUUUCCUGUCUCUAAUAACCUGCCUCUUUUUGCUUUUGAAUAUAAAGAAGUAUUCCCUGAAAAUGGGUGGAAGUUAUACGACCCUCUUUUAGAAUAUAGAAGACAGGGAAUUCCAAAUGAAAGCUGGAGAAUAACAAAGAUAAAUGAACGCUAUGAGCUCUGUGAUACGUACCCCGCCCUCUUGGUUGUGCCAGCAAAUAUUCCUGAUGAAGAAUUAAAGCGAGUGGCGUCCUUCAGAUCAAGGGGCCGCAUCCCAGUUUUAUCAUGGAUUCAUCCUGAAAGUCAAGCCACAGUCACCCGGUGUAGCCAGCCCAUGGUCGGAGUGAGUGGAAAACGAAGCAAAGAGGAUGAAAAAUACCUUCAAGCCAUCAUGGAUUCCAACGCACAGUCUCACAAAAUCUUUAUAUUUGAUGCCCGGCCAAGUGUUAAUGCUGUUGCCAAUAAGGCAAAGGGUGGAGGUUAUGAAAGUGAAGAUGCCUAUCAAAAUGCAGAAUUAGUUUUUCUGGAUAUCCACAAUAUUCACGUUAUGAGAGAAUCAUUACGAAAACUUAAGGAGAUCGUUUAUCCCAACAUUGAGGAAACUCACUGGCUAUCUAACUUGGAGUCUACUCACUGGCUAGAACAUAUUAAGCUUAUUCUUGCAGGGGCUCUUAGGAUUGCUGACAAGGUAGAGUCAGGGAAGACGUCUGUGGUAGUACAUUGCAGUGAUGGUUGGGAUCGUACAGCUCAGCUCACUUCCCUCGCCAUGCUCAUGUUGGAUGGAUACUAUCGAACCAUCCGAGGAUUCGAAGUCCUUGUGGAGAAAGAAUGGCUAAGCUUUGGACAUCGUUUUCAACUAAGAGUUGGCCAUGGAGAUAAGAACCAUGCAGAUGCAGACAGAUCACCUGUUUUUCUUCAGUUCAUUGACUGUGUCUGGCAAAUGACAAGACAGUUUCCUACCGCAUUUGAAUUCAAUGAAUAUUUUCUCAUUACCAUUCUGGACCACCUAUACAGCUGUUUAUUUGGAACAUUCCUCUGUAACAGUGAACAGCAGAGAGGAAAAGAGAAUCUUCCUAAAAGGACCGUGUCACUAUGGUCUUACAUAAAUAGCCAGUUGGAAGACUUUACUAAUCCUCUCUAUGGGAGCUAUUCCAAUCAUGUCCUCUAUCCAGUAGCCAGCAUGCGCCACCUAGAGCUCUGGGUGGGAUAUUACAUAAGGUGGAAUCCACGGAUGAAACCACAGGAACCUAUUCACAACAGAUACAAAGAACUUCUUGCUAAAAGAGCAGAGCUUCAGAAAAAAGUGGAGGAACUACAGAGAGAAAUUUCCAACCGAUCAACCUCAUCCUCAGAGAGAGCCAGCUCUCCUGCACAGUGUGUCACUCCUGUGCAGACUGUUGUAUGAAAGGACAAUGACACUGGGGCAUCAUUGCUAGAAACUCAUCACUACAGUGGCAGCUUUAUGAGUAGAAAGUCUUCCGAAUAUAGAACCCAUCUAAAGGAGAGAGUUCAGUCGCUUUAUUUAUUUUAAGUCUCUCUAGGAUGAAUUUAGAACUAUAGCAGUCCAAAUGGCUUAAGUGAAAUAACUCUAUAUGUAAUUACAUGAUUAUGACACUAAUCUUAUAAGUCACCCAAAGAAUAUUAAAAUACUUCAAUCCUGGAUUCACAAUGGAAACAAGUUUCUAAUUUUAAAAGGAAAAUGUCUUACCCCCACAUUCGUCAUAUAGUGAAAGGCAAAGUAUGAGGAUAUUACUGUGUACCCACAGUGGAAAGUUAUUGCUGUCAUUAUUUAUAUACUUAAGAGGUAUUAGCUCUCCCAAAACGAUGCCUUAUGUAAAUGUGCUUGGCGGAGGGUGAAGAGGAGAAAGUGGUAGCCACCCGAGAGUUCAAAAAAUUUCCCACCCUCCAGAUUUGCUUUCAUUUGCCUAAUUACCAGAAAGAACAAGAAAGACAAUUUUAAAUAUUCUUUAUCCCACUAUACAUUACUUUUAUUUUGUGUGUGAAUACACAGAAGCUAACUGGCAAAUUUUUAGGUCAUAUUUAAAAAUUAUACCAGGAUUGACUUUUCUGAAGUCUUUAUAAAUAGCUUAUGGUGAGAAGUACUGCAUUCAGAUCUUACCAGAAAUAUUUUACUACUUGUUUCCUUUGCAGAUACUCUAUCUCCAAAUGAUUUAAGUCUACCAAAGAACAUGUUGCAUGUAAAGAUGUAUUACAAUCUCAAUGCCAGUAAAAGAAAUCUUGCUUCACUCUUCGCCUGCUACAAGAGUUUGGUGCUGGUUACAAACAUUUGAC